AUGCCAGGCAUUCUGCCUAUGAAGGUCAUCAAGGUGGGGCAGAGCGCACAAAGCCGUAUCGCACAGGCAUGCGACCGAUGUCGCUCCAAAAAGAUCCGCUGCGACGGCGUGCGGCCAACCUGCACACAAUGCGCCAGCGUCGGCUUCGAGUGCCGCACGAGCGACAAGUUGAGCCGGCGGGCCUUUCCACGAGGGUACACAGAGUCGCUGGAGGAGCGCGUGCGCGCGCUCGAGACCGAGGUCAGGGAGCUCAAGGAUCUGCUGGACGAGAAGGACGAAAAGAUUGACAUGCUGAGCAAAAUGCAUGGCAACAGGCGGCGACUCUCGAACACAUCACAUUCAUCAGCCCCAGGGCUGACGCCAGAUCGCGCCUUACCCCUGCCACUGAAGGAGGACACAUUUAGGGUGCAGGCCUCGCCUUUACUGCUGGGCGUGGAAAAUUCGGACUCGUACUUGAUGGGUCACUCAAGUGGCAGAGCAUUCAUCGAGCUGUUUAAACGUAAAGUCGCAAAGACGGGCAAGACCUGCUCUGACUUCAAUCCGGAGGCAUUCUUGCAUAUCCAAGGUACACAGCCUUUGCUCGUCGAUACGGAAGAGUCUCCAUCAGGGGCGCCCCCACGGCUCUUCUCAGAUCGGUCUGUCAAUGUCUUCUUCCAAGAAUGGGCGCCUCUCUUCCCGAUCCUGCACAAGCCGACGUUUCUACGCCUCUAUGAGGAGUUCGUCGCGGACCCGACCAAGAUCAAGAAUGAUUACAAGACCGCACAGCUCUAUCUCGUUUUUAGCAUCGCAGGACUCUCUGACUCAAUGCCCGACCUCGCCCAGGUAGCAGCCUGCGAGAGGGAGUGGACACAGGCGUUGGAAUUGCUCUCGAUGGAGAACACCAUGAACGCACUGCAAUGUCUGAUCCUGGCGCUUCUCUACUGCAUUAUGCGGGCCGACUACAAGAAAAUACAACACUACAAGGGUAUCGCGGUCAGUCUUUCACAUAGACUCGGUCUGCAUCAGAGUCAGAAGCGGUACUCUUUCGGUGCGUUGACCAUCGAAACGCGCAAGAAGGUGUUCUGGACGUUGUAUACUCUCGACUGCUUCACCGCCGCUACGCUUGGACUGCCCAAGCUUCUCAGGGACGACGACAUCCAAGCUGAGUAUCCCACCGACGCUGACGACGAGUACGUGACCGAGAAGGGCUUCCAACCAAGCCUCCCCGGCGAGUCUACCCGUAUCUCCAGUGCGCUUGCUCUGUUCCGAGCAGCUCGCAUUCUCGCUCGCGUGCUGGAGAAGAAUUACCCAGCCGCGCCGUCACACGAGCUCUCCUUGCAGCAGAUGGAAGCCAUGGACGUUGACCUGGACGCCUGGUACGAUGAGCUGCCCAGCCACCUGCGGCUCAAUUUCGUGCAAGACAAGCCGUCGACAGACGUGACGGGGAGUCGGUCUCCUCUGCUGGCGUUGGCGUACUACUUUAUUCGCAUCCUGAUCUAUCGCCCUGCGGUGGGUUCGACGCUCGGCCACAAGGCGGCGCCGGCGUUGCUCGCCAUCAGCAAUGCGAGCAAGCACAUUGUGCAGAUUGUGCAACUUCUAGAGGAGCGCAACAUGAUCUUCUCAUUCUGCCUCAACAAACACGAUCUUCUGCUCGUGUGCGGCAUGACGCUGCUGUACCAGGCAAUCGACCUGAAGCGAGAGAGCAAGCUUAUCCGCGACAACGAGAGGCUCGUCAAUGGCGUGCUCAAGAUUGUGGACAAGGAGAAGGCACCGGGAUCCUGGGAUCUGCGGCGCAUCGCGAGCCGACUCGUCAACGUCGAGCCAUCCGACACACCCAUGCCGCCUCCAUCGCGAGGGUCGCCAGCCACCACCACAAGUUCGAGAAAGACAUCACCAGCCCUGACGCAGGGUCGCCGCACGUCAUCCUCUUCACAACCACCCGCCACGCAGAGCACAGACGCUGCUGCUCCUCCUGCUGCUGCCUCGGCCACGGAAACCGACCUGCUCCAGCAACAGCAACGGAUGCGCCGCAUGACGAUGCCUCCACUGGAAGAGUCGCGGCCCAAGUUCCGUCGGAGCCCGUCACGCCAGUCAUUCGAUAGCGUCACCCCCAACACAUCCCUGCGUGAUUCAUCGUACCCGCCGGCACUCAAGCGAGCCACCUCGCGCUCGCAUACCAACCUCGACUACCUGUCUCUGAGCAACACACCGAGCCAGUCUCGUCAACCCUCGCCCCCAAGGCAGACAAUGCUACCGCCUCCGCCGUCGUCCCACUCGAAAUCACAUCACCAUCUAUCCGGCGUCGGUCUCAAAGCCGCGACACCCGUCAACGCGGCAGACUGGGAGGUUCUGCUUGGCAGCCUCGACGGCGGCCUGAACAACGUGUACGACGCCAUCUACGGGGGACGGGGCUUCCCCGCCGCCGACGCUGUACCGCAACACUCGGCCGCCGCGACGGCGACGACGGUGACGGACUGGUCGCCGGAUGCCUGGGACCUGAGCACGUUCAGCAUCGGGGGGGACUUUGCCGCGCCGCCACAGAGUCUGAGCGGCGACAGCCUGAGUUCGAGCGAGGGCAUUGCGCCGUCGGAGCUGGGUCUGAGCAGUGGCGGUGGCGGCGGUGGCCCUGUGGAUGAUGAGUUUGCGUUUGAUGCGCUUGAUGGUUACCUCUUUGGGUUUCCGCUCACAACGAGCUUCUAG